AUGUCUAAGUUUUCUAGAGUCGUUUUCUUUUUCUUCUUCAUUCUUGUAGUUUGCCGAAUUUCUGCAGCUGCUAGAUUAGUUCCUAGUCCUCGUGUUUCAGGUUUUGUUACAACAGAAGGUACUCAAUUUUUGCUCAAUGGGUCUCCAUUUCUGUUCAAUGGAUUCAACUCAUACUGGAUGAUGCACGUAGCUGCGGAUCCAACUGAACGAUACAAAAUCUCUAACGUGUUCCGUGAUGCUUCCGCCGCUGGCUUAACCGUAUGUCGAACAUGGGCUUUUAGUGACGGUAGCAAUCAAGCUCUUGAUCUCCAAAUAUCACCUGGUGUGUACGAUGAACGUGUGUUUGAGGCACUUGAUUUCGUCAUGUCGGAAGCAAGCAAAUACGGAAUUCGUUUAAUUAUGAGUCUCGUAAAUAAUUACAAUGACUAUGGAGGAAGACCGCAGUAUGCACAGUGGGGUAAAAGUGCGGGCGUACAGAUUUCUAGCGACGAUGAUUUCUACACAAAUCCUGUUUUGAAGGAGUACUAUAAGAACCAUGUCAAGAAAGUUCUAACACGAUUCAACACCAUAACUAAAGUCGCUUAUAAGGAUGACCCAACUAUAAUGGCAUGGGAGCUCAUGAACGAACCUCGUUGCCAAGCUGAUACCUCUGGCAAAACAGUACAGGGGUGGGUUCAAGAGAUGGCUACAUAUACAAAAUCCAUUGACAACAAACACUUGCUCGAGAUCGGAAUGGAAGGAUUUUAUGGAGAUUCAAUGCCAGAGAAGAAGCAAAAUAAUCCUGGUUACCAAGUUGGAACAGAUUUCAUUUCAAACAAUCUUAUCCAAGAAAUCGACUUUGCUACCAUACAUGCAUAUCCUGAUAUUUGGUUAUCCGGCCAAAACGACUAUGCACAAUUAGGUUUUGUACAAAAGUGGAUGUCUAGUCAUUGGGAAGAUUCAAGGACGAUACUGAGAAAGCCAUUGGUUUUUUCCGAAUUUGGCAAAUCGAGUAAAGAUCCAGGAUACACGUUAAGCGCGAGAGAUGAGUACAUGAACGCAGUUUACGACAGCAUUGAUAACUUAGCGCGAAGUGGAGGAACUAUAGGAGGUGGUUUAGUCUGGCAAAUAGUAGCAGAAGGAAUGGAAUCUUUUUACGAUGGCUAUGAGAUUGUUUUAUCACAAAAUCCUUCCACGGCUGGACUGAUUUCAGGGCAAUCUCAGAAAAUGAGAGCACUUAGUCAUACCUUAAGUAGAAAACAUUAAACAGGGCAUGCAUGGGUGAUAGCGUGCGACUUACAUGGACGAAUGUCGACUCCGCAAAGACGCAAAACCAGGGCAUUUUUAUCUUGGAAAUUCUUGCAACGAUAGAAUAAUACUAAUAAAUUAAGCAAUAGGAUUUUUAUUAAUAAAAGAGAAUUAUGGGUUGGAACUUGAAACUCAACUUGAAUUCAUACAUGUUGAUUUAUCUUUACUAAGGAGAAACAUGUAAUACGCCAUAAAAAUUAUAUGAAUUAGAUGUAAACUUGGAACCGCUGAAUGUUGCUAGCCGGAGCACGCACCUCAGCUGGUAUAAUG